UCCCCGAGACGCUCUGUGCUUCUCUGCUGGGCUCCAAAAACAGGACAGUGUUAUCACCUCCCCAGCCCAAACUACACACUGAUCCCAGGACUUCACCACGCAGGGUCCCCCUCUGCUUCACAGAGUCAGCUGGGCCUGUUUCUGGAGAUUUCACCUUUUCACCUCUUUUAUUCUUCUGAAAUUUUCCAUCCAUCUGAAGAAGUAACUGAACCUGUCAUAAGUAUGGAGCUGCAGAAGCUGUCAAAUGGUAAUCACCACCAUGACGAUGCUGUGGAAGGAGGAAUCCCACCAGAGAAAGAAAAAUUCCUGCAGCACAGUGAUGGAUCAAAGAGACCACAGUUCACAGAUUUUGAGGGUAAAACCUCAUUUGGGAUGUCUGUCUUCAACCUGAGCAAUGCCAUCAUGGGCAGCGGCAUUCUGGGUCUGUCAUAUGCCAUGUCGAACACCGGCAUUGUCCUUUUCCUGAUCCUGUUGACGUGUAUUGCUUGUCUGUCCUGUUAUUCCGUCCAUCUGCUACUACGCAGUGCUGGAGUUGUUGGUAUUCGUGCCUAUGAACAGCUGGGCUUCAGAGCUUUUGGUCAUGCAGGGAAGAUUCUAGCAGCAGUCAUCAUAACGUUACAUAACAUUGGAGCCAUGUCCAGCUACCUUUUCAUUGUGAAAUAUGAGUUACCGCUGGUCAUCCAAGCCUUUCUUGGCCAGACAUCCAGCACUGACGACUGGUUCAUGAAUGGAAACUACCUCAUUAUCAUCGUCACUGCCUGCAUCAUCCUCCCGCUGGCCUUGAUGAAACACCUGGGGUAUCUGGGUUACACCAGUGGAUUCUCUCUCUCGUGCAUGGUCUUCUUCCUCUCUGCGGUAAUCUACAAGAGAUUCAACAUUGCUUGCCCUCUGGAAGUGUUUGGCAACUACUCUGUGAACACAGCCGUCCCAGAGGACACAUGCACCGCCAAAUACUUCACGUACAAUCAAGAGACGGCGUAUACCAUCCCCAUCCUGGCAUUUGCUUUCGUAUGUCACCCUGAAGUGCUUCCCAUUUACACUGAACUCAGCAACCCAACCAAGAGGAGAAUGCAGAAUAUUGGCAAUGUUUCCAUCCUGGGCAUGUUCAUCAUGUACUUCUUCACGGCCACAUUUGGAUAUCUGACCUUCUAUGAUAACACUGAAGCAGAGCUGCUCCAUACCUACAGUAAGGUGGAUCUCCUGGACACUCUGAUCCUGUGCGUUCGGCUGGCCGUCCUGGUGGCUGUCACUCUCACUGUACCUGUGGUCUUGUUUCCUAUCCGUCGUGCUCUCCUGCAGCUGCUGUUUCCAGGAAAGCCCUUCCACUGGCUCCGUCACAUCGCCAUCGCCGUGUGUUUGCUGUUUGCGGUCAACCUGCUGGUCAUCCUUGUUCCCAACAUUCGAGACAUUUUUGGCAUAACUGGAGCAACCACUGCUCCCAGUCUGAUCUUCAUCCUUCCUGGACUCUUCUACAUCCGCAUCAUCCCCACCGACCAGGAGCCCAUGAACUCCAGACCAAAGAUCCAGGCUGCGUGUUUCACAGCACUGGGUUUCAUAUUCAUGACCAUGAGCCUGACAUUCAUCGGGCUUGACUGGAUGAGCGGAGAAAAGCGAAGUCACGGCGGCCAUUAAAGUGCACCCCAUAAGCCCUACAGCAACAGCAGCCCACUGCUGCGCCCCACCCCCCACCCACCCUCCAGUCCUCUGGAUAGGAAGCAUGAUUCAACCUACUGCUGGAAGGCUCAGGGCUUUGGUGGGACUGUUUUCAUUAAUUAUAUGGACAGUCCAUUCCUCCAGAGUGUGAAGAGGAGACCAGUUCUGUCCUGUCACCCACCCAGGUUGAUAUAUACCACCAUGACCCAUCACAGGUGGUGUUCCUCCGUUCUACAUGAGGAGCUGAUGAACAUGUUGACCAUGGAAGUCCCUCAACCACCAAAAGCUGUUUUAUGUGGUAUUGCUAAUGUGGUGUAACUGCAACAUUAAAAGGAAAUUGGGCAAAUGUCUAAAUUGAAAAAAAAAAAAAUCUGUUUAAUUAUCAACAAAGUUUGAUGGAGAAAAAAUAUUUGGUGCUGCUGGUGCUGCUUGACAAAAAUGCUGUUAAAAGAAGAUCCCAUCAUGGUGUUUAACAUUGUCGUCCAAUUAUUUCUGCUCCUCAGAGCGUCGCGCAGGAGGAGGUAACCAGACAAAUGCGUUCAGAUAAUUCACUUCAAUAGAUGUGUUAUGUAUUGUAAUUCUGCAAAGCAGCGUUUGGCAAAACUGGAAAAAACAUCUUCAGUCAGUCAAAGUCUGACAUUAAGUUUAUACAACUGUGAAUUAAUUUGGUAUUAUUCAUGUGUGAAUUCAUUUGGACAGCAUAUGUGGAUAUUGUUUAAUAAAAAUCACACAAGAUGAAA